CGUCUCCACUCAUUUCUGCCAGCUUCCUCCCUGAACAGGGCGCCUCGGGUCAGGCAGCCGUGCCCCUGGAGGGGCUCGGGACUCGAGCAGAGCCGGGCCGGCCUCUACCUCUCUCUGCCCGUGUACCUGCGCCACAGGGCCAACCGGACCCGCUCAGCUGAGUUCUCUCAGGCCAGCGGCAGCGUGAUCACCGUCAUUGCUCCUGCUAAACGCUCCCCACCAACCCCACCCAUAAGGACGACCGCCAUCAAGCACUACUCUGUAGACCCCAUCCUCCCCACUCAGGUUCCAGAGCCACCCUCUGUUAACACCGCGGCACCUCCUGCCUCUCCUAAAGGUGGAAGCAGUGAGGACAGGAUGCACGUGACUGUCCCCCAGAGGACGGUGGAGACCCCGCUCCCACUGCCCGCCCACAUACCCCCAUCUCCUCCCAGGGUGAAGGUGCUCCCUCCACCUCCCACCUCGCCUGCUGCGGACGUUCCAGUUACCCAGACGGACCCCCCCACCCUCACCUCGGAGCCGCCCGGCCAGCCUCUGGCCGUCCCGCUGCACAUCCUCAUCAAGAGAGCUCUGAACAGCCCUGGUGCACCCCAGCCCAACCCUGAGAGAUUCCAGAAGGCCCACUCAAUGCUCUUUUUUCCCCCAGAGGACCCUGAAGAGGUGCCGCAGAACUUGCGUCACUCCCUCCCCAUCUCCAUCGAACCUCUCAGGCUGCCAGAAGAUGAUGACUUUGACAUGGAGGAAGAGCUGCAGAAGGUGAAAGCUCAGCGGACCCCCCAGCAGCCAGAGCUGGAACCCCGCAGCAGGAGGGGCCUGAUUGGAGACCCCAGGGUCACAGUUAUACCCGAACAGGGCGGCCACGAGGACGAGGAUGACUCCGACUCCGAUGGGCCCAUCCACUACAGAGACGACGAGGAGGAGGAGGACGACGAAGAAGGCCCUGCAAGUGGGCUGGCAAGCCGUGUGAAGAGAAAAGACACACUGGCUCUGAAGCUGGAGAGGCAGGAGAAGCAUGAGCGAGAACAGAGGGAAGGCCAGGAGAACCAGGAGGGGAUGACCUGGAACAACAGGGAGCAGUGGGUGGCUGUGAGGAACAGGAUCGGCACCACGCUCACACGGCGGCUGAGUCAGAGACCUACAGCGGAAGAGCUGGAACAGAGAAACAUUCUUCAAGCCAAGAACGAAACGGAUCGACGGCUGGAGCGAUCCGAGAUCAAACGGAGGCUCACCAGAAAGCUGUCUCAGAGGCCCACGGUGGCUGAGCUGCAGGCCAGGAAGAUCCUGCGUUUCCAUGAGUAUGUGGAGUCCACCCACGCCGAGGACUACGACCGGAGAGCCGACAAGCCGUGGACCAAACUCACUCCUGCUGACAAGGCCGCCAUCCGCAAGGAGCUCAACGAGUUCAAGAGCACAGAGAUGGAGGUCCAUGAAGACAGCAGGAUCUACACCCGAUACCACCGGCCCUAGCUGCUCACAUCACCAUGCAAAGCACUUAGGAAGAAGCAAGCAGCAGCUUGUUCCAUUUCCUGAAGAUGGCGCCAACGUGCCUGAAGAGUCUCAGGAUGUUGUUGGACUGUGGCAGAGUCUGCAGGAGACGAUGGGCCCAGUGGGUCCGGUGGGCCUGGUGGGUGUUGGAACGGCUCAGUGACUGAACCAUGAGCCGGUUCUGCCUUAACGCUCCUGAACACUGGUAACAGGCUGAGGCCAAACAUGAGACUGGUUCAGAACCAGCCUCUGAUUGACUGUUUUUGUUAAUCACAAUCCCAUAUCACUAGAUGAUUUUUGAUAAAAGCACCUUAUGCUUCCUAACGAGGUUAAAUAAAAACUUAGCCUUUAAUUCUGUUUAUAUUUGAGAUUUUUGAAAGCAGGAAAAUGUACAUAUUUUUCUCUUCCUGCCUGUUUUAUGGUACUUUAUAUAUGCUGCUCCAGAGCUGGAUGCAGCUGUAUGGAACAAUAAUGUAGAAUAAAUAAACUUUGUAUUGUAAACUACUGACUGGAAAUGCUGACAUGUUUUAAUUGUUUAGUGUUUCUCUGAUGUUAUUUCUGAGCAUUAAAGGUACAGAAACUGUAAGCUGUGUCGUCUGCAAACACUGAAUAACUGAUCGAUCUGAUUAGAAAAUUAAAAAAAAGCAAUGAUUUAUGAAUGCU